AUGAAGCCAGACGAGCUGGUCACAGCUGAAAUCGCCGCCCAAAGUCCCCCUCGAAGGGGAUGGCGUUUCUGGGCCAUCAUGACCUCCAUGGCAGUCGCAAGUCUUCUGGCAGGCUUAGACGCCACAUCCGUCUCAACAGCAAUGCCAUCAAUAAUAUACGAUCUUGGAACUAGUCAAGGCUACAUGUGGAUUGCCAACGCUUAUCUUCUCACAACCGCUGCUUUUACUCCAAUCUUUGGUCAGACUGCCAACAUCUUUGGCCGUCGAGCUCUCACACUUUUUGCCAUAAUCAUCUUUGCUAUUGGGUCCGCUAUCGCUGGACCUGCUCCAUCCCUUGGUGCUCUUGUCGCUGGUCGUGCCAUUCAAGGUAUUGGCUGCGGGGGGAUCAACGCUAUGGUGGAAAUGGUUGUGUGUGAUUUGGUGCCUCUACGUGAACGUGGCAAGUUUAUGGGCUUCAUCUUUGCUAUUUAUGCCAUUUCUACAACGAUCGGGCCCAUUGUUGGAGGAGCAUUUGCGAGCCGUGCCACAUGGAGGUGGAUCUUUUACUUGAAUCUUCCUUUGACUGGACUGACCCUUGUGAUGGUCCUCGUUUCACUGAGCGCCUUACCAAGUGGGUCAAGCAUGUCGAUUAGGUCACUGAAGCGAGUUGAUUUUUCAGGGAAUGUGCUGCUUGUCGCUGCCAUCACUUCGAUUCUCCUGGCUUUGACAUGGGGUGGCGGUGAACAUCCCUGGUCAUCUUGGAGAACCAUAUUACCUCUAGUCCUGGGUCUUCUUGGGUUGCCUCUGUUUCUCCUGUACGAGACUCGGGUCCCAGAACCAACCACUCCCUUGAGACUCUUCUCUAACCGAACUUCUCUCGUCGGUCUUUGGUGUGCCUUUUUACAUAACAUGCUGGUAUUCUGGAUUCUUUUCAUCCUGCCAAUCUACUUUCAAGCAGUCAUGAGAUUUUCCGCGUUCCGAUCGGGUAUCAGCAUCUUGCCAACGGCUGCCGUCUGCAUGCCCUUUACAAUAGUCAGUGGUGGGAUCAUGACGAAGAUAGGACGCUAUCGUCCCUUGCUAAUGGCCGGGUUCGUACUUUUCCCUGUUGCCCUUGGAUUAUUCACCAAACUCGAUCAAAACUCGACGACCGGUUACUGGACUGGCACUCAGGUUAUAGGAGCAGUCGCAAUUGGUGUUAUUAUCCCAGUGACUUUGCCCACUAUUCUGACCCCUCUACCUGAAAGUGACGUUGCUGUUGCUACAGCUACAUGGGCCUUUAUGCGUGGAUUUGGGACAAUAUGGGGAGUUGCCAUACCUCUGGCAAUUUUCAACUCGAAAGUAGACUCCUUAGCAGCCGUUCGCUUAUCUGAUAACUGGGAAGCCCGUACAGAGUUGUCAAACGGCGGGGCCUACACACUUGCAGCGGGUGGCUUUUUAUACCCGGUACUGGGUCUGGAAGAUGAUCCAGAUCUUGAAGCUACCAUCAAAUCCAUCUAUGUUGACAGUCUCAAGUUGUGUUGGCAGGUGGGCCUUGGAUUUGCGCUACUGGGUUUUUUGCUCACUUUCGUGGCGAAGGAGUUGCAUAUGCGUACUGAGCUGGAGACGGAGUUUGGUCUGGAAAAUGAGUUGAGUAAGAAGAAGGAUGUGCCACCUGCUGCGUAG